UGUUGUACGCGCAGCAGCGUCUACGGAAGCGAAAAGGAACUGCGCACACCCAGAAGGUGGUGGAAUAGGUGGACGAGGUGGAGGAAGAGCAGGAAAAAGAGGCAGAGGAGUAGGAGUAGGAGGAGGAUAUAGCGAGAGGAACAGAAGCGACGGGCUAGGCCAACCGUCUACACCGUGAACCGCCCGAUCGGGAAUGAAUAAUCUCGCGCAUAGGUGGUGCCCGACGUGAAGGAUUUGGACAUGUGACUAAGGGUGAGUGCAUCAUCGAGGUGCAUCUUCGUGGUGCACUGCUACACGUAUUUCGUGGUUAAACACGUGGUACACGUUCCCCGAUGCAUUUUUCGCAUAUGUAGUAGCUGAAUGGACACGGUGGCUCGGGCAAGGCACAGCGCAUGGAUAGAUAACAAUUUCUGACAAAUAGGAAACGUGCGGCAUGAGUCUGCCGCGUUCUUCCCUGAAGGGAUACUUUUUCUACGUAUUGUUCUUCUCCGGUUUUCUGUUAGUUGUUCUGAAUUUACUGCAGGACGAGAUAUGGCAUCGUAUGCGACCUCAUUCUGGACAAUCUCAAUCCGUUCGCGUUCCCGACAACAGCAAGAUCAAGCAAAAUUGGCCUGCAAAGUUGAAGAAACCGACAAUGCAGGUUUCGCAGACUCGAGAAAAAGUGAAGAGAAUGCUUCCAUCCGAGGUAUCCAACCUAACUGGCACGACGAUCCUAACACGCAACAGUCUAGAAUCCAUGGAUCCGUCAAAAAGACCUUGGUAUAUGAAAGGAGGGACCAGAAGGCCUUAUCCUGCCGUAAAAUCCCACCGUACCGGACGAAGAUUGGCGCGUUUGUGGCCCGACGAAGACUCUUAUGACGAUCGUGUUACUAAUCAAUUGAUGUACGUACCCACUGAUUACAACAAAACUGGCGGCGAUCGUCCAAUGAAAAAGAUAAUGGUUCCACAUGGCAUGCCCGAGGCAAAAGUUGGCUCUGACAUAUUUCUUCAGCAUCGAUGCCCGGUUAAUACCUGCACGAUAGUCCGAGAUAACGCCGAAGAUGCAGAUUUAAUUCUGUUUAAAGACUACAUAACGCACGUGGGAAGGAGAUCUCCAAAUCAACAGGUGUGGAUGCUGUAUUUUUUAGAGUGCCCUUAUCACACGCAGAGCGUGAAGAACGCUGUCAUCAAUUGGACGGCAACUUAUCGUCGCGACAGCGACAUAGUCGCGCCCUAUGAAAGAUGGCAAUAUUACGACCCUAGUGUCACACAAAUAUCGCAGAGUUUCAAUUACGCAGCCAACAAGACUAAAAAGGUAGCGUGGUUCGUUUCCAAUUGCCAUCCGCGAAAUCAACGUAUGCAUUACGCCAAAGAGCUUUCAAAAUACAUUCAAGUGGACAUUUACGGGACCUGCGGUUCGUUACGAUGCCCGCGUUCGCAAUCCCAAGCCUGUUUCGACAUGCUCGACGAAGAUUACAAGUUCUACCUUGCUUUCGAGAAUUCAAAUUGUAAGGAUUACAUUACGGAGAAGUUCUUCGUCAAUGGUCUCGGGCACAAUGUUCUGCCAAUUGUGAUGGGCGCGCAUCCAACGGACUAUGCUCGCAGCGCACCUUACCGUUCGUACAUCCACGUGGACGAGUUCGAGUCGCCGAAAGAGCUCGCCGAGUAUCUUCAUCGCCUGGACCGGGACGACGAGUUGUACAAUUCGUACUUUCGCUGGAAGGGUACCGGCGAGUUUAUCAACACUUACUUCUGGUGCCGUGUUUGCGCGAUGCUGCACGACGACCGGCCGCCGAAAUUUUACAAGGACGUGAACGAGUGGUGGCGAGGCGACGGGAUAUGCACGACCGCGUCGUGGCGUGAACACGACUCGGUCCGAGCAGGAAACUCGAAGAAUACUUGAAGCUGCUGAUGUUAAUUCAGACAGCUUACACACGCGGUGUCAGACUAAUCGUUUAGAUAUGCACGAGCUAGGCUGUCAGGAGACACGCGUGCAGGUUUUCAUCGAACAAUAUGCCUCGUUCUGUCGUUUUACGUUGACCUCGGAUUUGUCGACAAGGAGUCCGUCUAUGGCGUUCCGACAAACGAUGUCUGACUAGUCUGUUAAUCGACGAAAAGACUGCCGACUACGAAUUGGUCUUCGGCGAAACAUGAAGAUCAUCCGGGAGCAUCCGGGAAUUUGUAUUUUUCGACGACAACACAGACUUUUACACGACGAUGCGUGUAUCGAUGAUGGAUAACUGAUGCGCCGUUUUAUAGACGAACAGUUUUGACCCGCUCGCGCCUUUCUGCGGGAUCCUGGUUUUCUUUCGUUGAAAAUGGCAGUAUAAAUCAACGUUUUGACUCGGGUCAAUUACAUAUUAUAAAUUACAAAUCCUUCUCUUUUUUUGGGGGAGGCGGAGGGGGGAGGCAAUAUGUCACAAUCCAUAUUAAAUGAUCUCUUGUACAUUAAAUCGCUAUUAAAUUACAAUAGUUUACGCACAGAGUAAAUAACUUCGGCGUUUCUCUUAGAUUGAGGGUUUUUAUAAUGUUCCUUUCAAAUUCGUACAGACGCACGUAAGAUUCUUGUUCAAGUCUUUUAUGGAUUGUUUUGAAAUAUUAACGUCCGACAUAUUAGACACUUGUAAAACAUUAUUUUCAUAAAGUAGAUAUGUAUUGCCAUCGUUCGUGGUAAUUUGGCGAGACAGUGUUUUAUACGAUUAUUAAUAAAUUACGAAUAUCGACGUAGCUAGCACGAAAUGAAAAAAACGAUGAAAAUUCGAGAGAAACAUACUCGAUUUGAUCAGUUCGCAAAGAACAUAACUGCAAAUUAUACGUCUCAUUGAACAUUCGUUGUCAUAUGUGUUUUAAGAUAAAGACAACUUUACUUUGAUUGUGUAUUCGUGAAAUAUAGUAUUAAUAAUUUGUACAUUUUGGACUCAGAUUAUAAUUUUCUAUGAAAAUUGAAAUGGGAGACAAAACGUAAGACUUGAAGUUGAUUUUGUUUUCGUAGAAAGAAGUGCACAAAAUUACGUUCGUAUUAGUUUCUUGUAAAUAUACACGAAUGAAGUGUAACGAGACGAUUAUUUUUUUCCUCGAAAUUGAAGGCAUGUUCAAGCUCAACAGAUACGUUAGAUUAUCGUUACAUAUAUGCUCACGUAUGAGAAAUGAAAAAUGAGAGUUGCAUGUGAUGAUGAUAAAUUUUCGAUGCGGGUUAAUAUAAUUUUAAGUGUUUUUGAUAACGACAUAAUAUAUCUGGCGCGCGUUGAAUAUUGAUUAGAGUUCAAACAAGUUAUUCAUGUGGGUUCGAAUUGAGAUCACACUUUUUUGUUUCAAUUAAUUUUGUUUCUCUCCAUUAUGGGAUUGCUAGCAAUUUGGUAAUCUAGCUCGUUUGAAAUGUUUCUGUUAGACACAUUUUUCUUACUUAGCGAUAGACACGUAUCACGCAUUAUACGAACUUGUUACAGCAUCAAAGGAUUUAUUUAAAAAAAACUUUUGUUUGAUGUUUUCUUAGAAUUUUGAAUUUUUACCGCUGAUGAUUGUUAAUUGUUAAGGAUAUUUUCUAGCACGCGCGAUUGCUAAGCGUAUUGUUUCUUUUUUUCUCGUAAUGCAACUAGAUCCAACUCGUUCAAAAUAACGAGAACUUUUUUUGUUGCCGCAGAUUUCUUCGUAGAUAAUUUUUAGAGAUUAAAUUAUAAUCUGUGUAUAGCAAGAUACGACACAUGGAACGAAUUAUCUGUAAAUUAUCUCUAGAUUAAGUCUCCCGAGGUGUGAUGUUUACAAUGGUAUUUGUUAAUAGGUAUCGAUAGUUCGUAUAAAUAUUAAUGAUCACUGAUCAAUGUACUGUGACUAGAAUAAUGCUUUGUUAGAAUAUUCUCAAAUUCUCGAAAGCGUAAACUGCAAUCAUACGACGACGAGACGAUCGCAGGAUCGCAUGGAGAGACAGCUUCUAAAGUUUUGAGAUUAUUCGUUAAGAGUGGAAUUGACAAAUGUAGCAAGUACUUAUGUACGUGUAAGAAAAUGUUUGCACAUAGCUUAUACAUAGUAAAUGUUUAUGGUAUGGAAUUUACUAGAUUCGAACCUACAUGGAUAAGUAUUGGCGUUUGACAAUUAUGAUUCAAUCGAUCUAAUCAGUCUACAGUCGUGUCAUGUUUUGUAAAGACCUCUUGUCCGAUUCGCGUGAGACGAAGAAGAAGAAGAAGAAGAAGAAGAAGAAGAAGAAGAAGAAGAAGAGAAAGGAAAAAUAGCCGUUGAAAUCUUUUUCGUUGACGUUCAUCUACUGUAAUAUAAUACUGUUAAUCGUGUUCUAAAUGCAAAUCCUACUAAACAUUGGCAACUAAUGAUUGACACUAGUUGUUCAACCUUUUGCCAGCUGCUAUCGUAGGUGACCAUCAUUUCUACGUAAAUGGUCUUUUUUCACAAAGAUCUUUUACAUCGCGUCAAUGUAUAUUCAAUACGUUAUACGUUGUACAGUCGUUAUUUGUAAAAUAUCCAAUCAAGUGUGUGAAACUUUUACAAGAUCUAGUCAAGCGUGUGACCUUGUCGAGGAACUUUUUCGAGUCAUUCGUAUCGCUACGUACGCAACGUGUACCUGUUCAAAUGAUUCCUACCUAUGACUUACGUUGAAUUUAAUUAAUGUGUCGUUAAGUUAAUUUUACGUAGCUAAUUUAAAUAGUUGUUUCGUCGAGUGAAUCGUUGCGUGCUUUAUUCGUUGAUGAUAAUACGUAAUGCUUUUUCAGCAAAUUUUAUUUUUAUCACGAUAAUAAUGGAUAUUUAUAUCGAUGUGAGAACUCUUGCGAAGACAUUUAUGGUUUUUUUCUGAACUUUUACAGGAUUCUGUAAAUAACGUGUCAAUUUAUAUUUAAUAUUGUUGGUACAAUUUGCAUCAAGUUUUGUUUUUAUUCUUUUACUGUGUUUUCAAGCUAUACCUGCGUAUAAUGUUUCUUUCAAUUACAAUUUAAGCAUCGGACGUGUUGCUUUCUGUUUUACAUUUUGAAUUUAUAAUCGUCUGUAGCAGAACUGCACUUUGGCAUUUGUUAACACUUCAAACAAUUUUACAGUACUGAUUUGCCCAUAAACAUGAUUACAGAGUGGUUUUACAUUAAUUUCCUAUCAUGGACAUAUCAAUUGAUCAAUUAAUAAUGAUUAAAUGUUAACUAUUAGUUGAAAACAAAUUGUAGACAGUUGUGCGAUGUAAGCUUUCGUGUAUUGUGAACGAGAAUGCUUGGUAAACAAACUGCAUUGUAAAAUCAAACAAAAAUCAAUAAUCGUCGACGUACAAUCUUGAAGAGGUACACAUACUGUGCAAAGAAGUCAUUUCUCGCUUCCAUUCUUGUACAAAAAGAUUGCACAAAUAUCGAAAGGAUAAUGUUUCAAUCGAAGAUUUCGAUUUUAUACUGAUAUACAUUCGCACGUAGUGGUAACGUAAAUUGUUAUACUUUUAGGUUGUUCUCUUUUUGCUCGUUACGUAAUAGUGAUUAAUGUGAAAUGUGUCAGCUUAUCAAAAUUCUGAGGUAUUUAAAAGUUUGCAAAGUGUCGAAAAAAACUUUGAAAAAUCUUUUCCAUUCAUUAUUGUUGUACGAAUUUCUUUAAAAUUUGCGUAGUACCAUCAAAUUAUAAAUCGAACGACUGUAAAUUGUAUUAUUUCUAUUUUUAUUCACCUCGAAAGGUACUGUAUUAUCCGCUUUCGAUCGGUGAUAGUUAAUUUCCCAAUUGUACGCAGUUCUCAAUAUUCGGUAAGGAAGUUGUACAAUAGUUAGCACAUUGGCAACAAAAAUGCGAUGAAACAUUGUUGAAACUGUAAAAGAUAAUCGUGUACGUUGGACAUAUGAUUGCGAAGAAUGUUAAUAGUGAGGACAUAAAUUCCGUUGCGACUAACAAUAAGAUUUUCGUUUAACUUUUAACUAUUUGUAUCGAUUGUUCGAUAGACGUUAAUACCAAAUAAUUAUUGUAAGUUAAGGGUAAACCUACGUUCGAGGUGCAGAAGAAUUAGCGAGAGUAAUAAAGAACUUGUUCGUAAGACUAGCCAUAGCUCAAAACGUAGCUCAAACAGUACAGACUAAUCCAUAUUUUUUUUUCUUUUUUUUUUUUUUUAGUACUUGUUAGCUCGAAGAAGGAAACCAAUACGAGAAAAUAGCAUAGAAAUGUUGCACAUGUGAAAUGCACGCGUAAAAUUACACUACAAGCAGAUUACUUCAUUGUGGAUUCUGCCAUAGUUUCUAAUUGGUUCCUAUGUAACGUCGAUCUUUUCAGAGUGCGCACAAUCAAGUUAGUACGUAUAAUUAGGUAACCGUUUGAUAGCCCGGUCGAAGUAUCGAUCAGCCAGGUUACAAUGAUGUGACCGAUCGUUUCAAGGAUAUGUGCCCGCACGCAAAUAUGACUCCGGAAUAUGUUCAUAAACUUCUUAGUUCGUUUCUUUUUUUUUUUUUUUUUUUUUUUUUUUUAAGGAACUAGCAAAUUAAGUAGCACGUUAAUCCAAAGAGCAACACAACCGAUUGAUUGAAACAAUGGAUGAAAGUAAACGGUAUCGUUUGUUGUUUGAUGAAUGUUUGAAAGUGAGAAAUGUGUUUAGAAAACGUGACGCGAACUAUUUUCUAGAAAACUUUGAUUCAAUUCUAAACAAUAAAAUAUCGAUAAGUAUAUUCGCUGUAUAGAUCAUUGCGCUUUAUCGUUAACAAUAUUUUCUAUAUAUUUAAAUAUAUUAGGUAUACAUGUAUCUAUAUUUCAGUGAAAAAUUUAGAUUCUAAAUUUUUUUGAUAUUUAAGCACAUUUUUGAUGUAAAAAUAUGACCAAGUUGUUUAUUUCUUUGCCAACGUUUAUAUUAGUUACCGUCGUUUGUUUUCGAAUUGUUUAAAUAUAUUGCUAUUACAUGCUGUUCGAUAUUUUAACUUUAUUUAACGUACUAUGCUAAUUUCAUGAUACAUUGAAUUAUGACAUUAGUCAGUGCGGCAUAUGGAAUUCGAUGAAAUAACAUCAGUACUGAUAGUACAUGUAUAUUAAAUACACUAUGUAUUUAGAUCCAAAAAUGUGAAUAACUAUCAGAGAAUUCUGAGCGUGCUUUAAAAAUCGUGAUAGGGGCUUGAUUAAUUAAUUAAUUAAUUAAUUAUCGGUACUGUUUGUAAUAAUUGGUGCUGGUGUACCUACGCCACAUCUCGCAAGAGAAUUUUUUUGUGGUGAUAAUGGUUAAUCAAUAAUUACUAUAGAGAAUUAGCGUGUAAGAUUUAGCGAUUGAAAAUAAUAUACAACAUAGAACGUACAAUUUUCUUGUUUUUUUGUUUUUGAGCUAUUAAAAUAGAUUGUAAAGCGUAUAAAGGCAAUACGGAAAAAAUAUGAUAAAUCAAUGUUUGUUGAUUUUUUUUAUGUUACUUGAUGAUUAAAAACAAGUAUAUAUUUUUAUAUGAAAUAAUUGUGAAAGGAAAUCCGAAGAAAGAUAUUGAAGAUACAUAUGUGACUAAUAAAUCUAUCGAUGUUUUAUAUAUGAAACAAAUAAUAUUAAUUUAGUUGUCAUGUUACUUUAGUUUACACAAUUAACGUCAUUAAUAUUAUUUACAUAUUCAAGAGAAUGAUAAAACGCAUACAUAUGUAUAUAUUUAAUUCCAAAAUUAAGUACGAAAGUAGUUUCAACGUGGAAUUGAUUGACAACAUAGUGAAUUUUCAAAAUUUCCCUCUGUAAGAGAUGGGAAAUACGACUUAUCAUGUUUUUACCAUGCGGUCUUCGUAUAGAAGAGACAAAUGCGUGAGCCCUAAUAUUGUAACUUGUUAGUAUAAUCAAGGGGAACACCAUGAAUAGUACAGUUAAAUUGUCAAUUGUAUUGCGUCAUUGUUUUUAAUCUGUGUUCACUAUCUUACAUCGUAGUAUAAUUUCCAUGCAUUUUGUCAGUUAUAUGUUCACACAUUUUUAAUGUAAAUAUGUUCAUCCUAUGACAACAGUGUUACUAUUCACUAUGUUAGACAUUAAUCUUCAGAACGGUCGCACACUGUGAAACUAGAUAGCGUCAUAAUUUGUAAAUAGUAAUUUAUACCAUUAUAAUAAAAUGCGUACGAUGCGUUCAUAAUGACAUUUAAUGUAAUAUUUGACAUUUGUAGAAACUAUCAAGGGUAUUCUAUGGAAAGCAUACUCUUAUGCAUUUUAUCUUGCCGAAAACGGAAACUUAGCGUGCCACGACUAAUAUAUUGUACGAUUAUAAUCGUGAAAUUUAGAUAAGAUAAGGUAAUGUUAUAUUGAUGUAUUUAAUUGUUCAUUCUUUUUCUACGAUUGUUUCCCAGGUCAAAGUUUAUUCCUUCGUCUACUACCGGUAGAAAAAUUUAAAAAAAAGUAAAAUGAAACGUAGCAUUGCUUCGUACAAUGAAAGAGUAGAAUAAUACUUAAUAAUGCUACAUCGUUCUAAAUUAUAUUAGGACCAUCUAAUUGCAUACGUACAUUUUGUAAGAAAUUUAAGAAAUUUGUAUUACUUUUGAGACUAUCUUUGUUAAAACUAUUAUCAGCACGCUUUCGAUAUUUCUCUUAGUUCGAUAGUUCGGUAGGUCUCUUCGUUCAAUACAAGUGCAAAGUAUUUAUGUAUUACGUAUUUAUAUUUAUAUUAUAUACGUUCCUGAUUGUGGGAAUAAAAAUGAACGCUAUUCUUACUUUUGAAA